UACUGUAGGUUGCGCAUGUUCACUUUUCUUUCUGGUGCUCACUUGUGUGACAAUCUUAGCCUGUUGGAAAAAGUUGAGAAGUUUUCGGAUAACAAUGUUACUGCAUUUGUUUGCUGCCAUUUCGGUUUCUUGUCUUCUAAUUAUUAUAGCUGGAAAAGCAGAAAGACCAAAGGAGUUAUGCACAACAGCCGCAGUGUUACUCCAUUAUUCCCUCCUGUCUGUAUUUUUCUGGAUGCUAUGUCAUGGUGUUAUGUUGUACUUCCUGAUAUUAAAGGCUGAACGGCAAGAAAUUCUGGCAUUGAAACAGAAAUGGUUCUACGCUCUAGGAUGGGGUGUUCCAGUCCUAAUAGUGGCCAUUUCUCUGACAGUAACUGGAAUCAAGUCCUAUGCAGCAAAUAACUGUUGGCUUACAACAGAACAUUGGCUCAUUUAUUGGGCGUUUGUUGCUCCAGUUGCCGUAAUCCUAUUAAUCAACUCAAUUCUGUUAAUUUUCUUGCUCCGUCGGGUACUGAGAGCGACUAAAACCAAAAACAACAAAACACCUGCCAAGCACGUGAAGGAUUGGUUGAGACGUUUUGCAAUGCUACUGCCAGUUCUGGGUGUCACGUGGUCGUUUGGUUUUCUCACGUUCAUUACAUCAACAGCUGUGUUUCAUUACAUAUUCACCAUAUUGAAUUCGUUCCAAGGACUUUUCAUAUUUGUGAGCUUCUGCAUUCUAGACGAUUCGGUAAGUCUCUAUUUUUUUUUCAUAAGCUCCGAAAGACCAAGAAUUGUUCCCUAUUAUUUUCCUU